GGGUCGGGGCGGUACAAGAAGCGCGGCGGGGCCGUCCCGGAGCAUUCCCGGGGCCGCCGCCGCCAUGGAGGAGGCGCAGCGGCUGCUGACGGUGUCGGUGUGGAAGCUUUACCGGUGCCGGGUGCGGCGGGGCGGCCUCCGCCUCCACCGGAGCCUGCAGCUCUCGCUGCUCGUCCGCGCCGCCCGACACCGGUACCUGAGCGCCCGAGCGGCCGCCGGGAUCCUCCCGGGACCGGAGAUUACCGGGGCUGCGGAGAGCGGAGCGACCCCCGGACCGGAGAUUACCGGGGCUACGAUUCCGGUACCGGAGCUUCCCGCGGCUACGGAGAGCGGAGCGACCCCCGGACCGGAGAUUACCGGGGCUGCGGAGAGCGGAGCGAUCCCGGUACCGGAGAUUACCGGGGCUACGGAGAGCGGAGCGAUCCCGGUACCGGAGAUUACCGGGCCUACGGAGAGCGGAGCGACCCCCGCACCGGGGGACCCCCAGUGCCCGAACACACCGAGUGCGGACCGACCGAGCAACCGGACCGAGCGGAAAUGGGGGAACCCCCUGAGGGACUGCACCGGGGACCACCGGAACCCACCGAGCGGAGCCCCCCGCAGUGAAUCCCCGGGGGUACCGGGGAUCCCCCCUGGGCGACCGAGAGAGGACCCCCCGAGCCCCGUGAACCGGGACCUCCCACCGACCGCGGAUCCGCGUUCCGCCCCGGGCCCCACCAACCGGGACCCCCCUCCCGCUUCCCCCGGCCCUCCCCGGUCCACCGGAGCCCCCCGGGCCGGGCAGAAGCGGCGCAGCUGCGGCUCGGCGGGGCCGGGCCGGGGGCCGGUACCGAGCAAACGGGCGCGGCUGGAGGCGGAGGCACCGCCGGUGCCACCGGGGCCGCCCGGGCGCUGCUCGGGGCCGCCCGCAGCCGCCUUCGGCUUCCUGGUCCGCGCCGUCGGGGCGUGCUGAGCCCUCCGGGGAGCCCCGGGACACGGAACUUAACGGGGACACACCCGGACACACGGACAUUAACGGGGAACCCCCCGGGACACACGGACGUUAACGGAAAUCCCCUCGGACACGCGGAUCCGGUUCUGGAAACCCCCGGACAUUAACGGAGAGCCCCCCGGGACACGCGGAACUUCACGGGGAACUCCCCCAGGACACGCGGUUCCGGUUCUGGACCCUCCCGGACACACGGACAUGAACGGGGAUCUCCCGGUGGAACGGAACCGGACACGCACGGACUCCCGGGGCUCCCGGUGGGGUUCUUCCCCCCCCUCCCCCUCUCGCUCUUGGUGGGGGGGGGGGCUCCAGGCUGGCCCUGCCCCCUCCCCCCCGUUAAUUACCCUUAAUUAUUAUUUUGUUAAUUAAUUAAAAAUCAAUUAAAAGUGG